AUGAAGUUUCUCGCGGAUGGAACGCACUUGGCUAUUAUAGCCGCCAAAUUCUCCUGCGGAGCGCCUCGAGCCGGCGCCGAGAAGGGACCGGAAGCAAUCAUGCAAACCGGGGUCUUCCAAGAGAUCGCUACCAAAGCCAACCUGGCCAUCAGUUUCGAUAUGUUGGCGGCUGAACCUGCCCCCGCCGACCAGACAGAGGCGAAGGAAAAGGAGGAGGAGAGACUGGGUAUAGGGCUGGGGCUAAAGCGACCGCGCGAAGUGAGUGCAGCGGUCCAGCGCGUGAGCAGUGCAGUCUAUCGGCACGCUCGCCGAGGACGGUUUGUGCUGACGGUGGGGGGCGACCAUUCCAUCGGGGCGGGGACCGUCACGGGGACCGCAAAGGCCCUCCGCGACCGGUUCGCCGGCCAGCAGCAGCAGAGACAGCAGGAGCUGGGUGUGCUCUGGAUUGACGCGCACGCCGACAUUAACACCCCCGAGACCAGCAGGAGUGGCCGCUUCCACGGCAUGCCCGUGGCGUUUGCAUCGGGCCUUGCCCCCUCGCCCCAGAGGGGGGUGUUUGACUGGCUGGAGCCGAGCCACCGCAUCAAUCUGCGGCGGUUCGUCUACAUUGGUCUCCGGGAUGUCGACGAGGCGGAGAAAGAGCUCAUUGCCCGUCAUCAGGUCAAGGCCUUCACGAUGGAGGAUGUGAAUCGGCUGGGAAUUGACAAGAUCAUGGACGCCGCCCUGGAUCAUCUGGGACCCGACACGCCGAUCCACGCCUCGUAUGACAUCGAUUCCCUAGACCCGGAAUGGGCGCCUUCCACCGGGUUCCCGGUGCCAGCGGGACUGUCGCUCGAGGAAGGGGUGCGGGUUGCCAGGCGACUGCAUGAAUCGGGGAAUCUGAUUGCAUUAGACCUGGUGGAAAUCAAUCCUGACAUCGCGCCCUCCCUGCUGGAUCUGACAGUCAAUGCCGGCUGUCGGUUGAUCAAGACUGCGCUGGGAGUGGAGUGA